CGGGCGGCAGCCGCUCCGCUUCCUGCGGGCCGGGGCGCUCCCGGCCCUCCGCCUCGGAGCCGGAGCCCGGCGGAGAGUGCUCGGCUGGUGCCGCCUGCGCCCCGAGCCCAGUCCCUGCGGGCGGAGGCCGUCUAACCCUGCCAGAAGGAUGCUGGAGAGCGGCUGCAAGGCGGUGAAGGAGGGCAUGCUGGAGAAGAGGAGCGACGGGCUGCUGCAGCUCUGGAAGAAGAAGCGCUGUAUCCUCACCGAGGAGGGGCUACUCCUCAUCCCCCCCAAGCACCCCCCGCAGCCGCAGCAGCAGCAAUCGGCUCCGCCGGCCGAGCCGACGGCCAAGAUCAAGGAGCUUCACUUCUCCAACAUGAAGACGGUGGACUGCGUGGAGCGGAAGGGCAAGUACGUGUACUUCACGGUGGUGAUGGCCGAGGGGAAGGAGAUCGACUUUCGGUGCGCCCAGGAGCAGGGCUGGAACGCGGCGAUCACGCUGCAGAUGGUGCAGUACAAGAACCGCCAGGCCAUCCUGGCCGUGCGCUCCACCCGGCAGAAGCAGCAGCACCUGGCGGCUCCCCACGGGCCGCGCCUCCGCGGCGCCUCCAACUCCGCCUAGCGCAGGUUACCUUCACGGAGCGCUUCGGAGAAGAGGACAGAGCGCGUUCGUGUCGGACCUGCUCCUGGGGCUCAGAAACUGGGCAAACGCCGGAGGUGCAGGUAGAGCGGAGAGAAGCGGCUCAAUAGCCUGAACCUCAGCCAGCUGCUGCUGCUGCUUUGCCGCCCUCGGUGCCGAGAAGCAUUUCAAAUCCAUUAUUUAUGAACCUUGGAAAGGAUCCUUUGGUGCGAUGGGACUUCUAGGAGACAUGAUGUACUGUAACUUUAUUUUAAUGUAUUUUAUUUUAUUUAUUAGGGUUGUUUUCUUUUGGUUUUGUUUUCCUCUUUAUUUUUUUUUAAGGCUUAUUUGCAAGACAUUUCUGAAUGUAGGCCAUAUCAAAAAAGUAAAGGUAAAAACAAUAUGCAUGUUAGCUCCCUAAAAAUACGGAAAAGUUCUGGGUAUUUUGACUGUGUGCAAUUUGACAAAAGAGUUUUUUUAUUUUUACCCAAAAUACACUGUAUUCCACCAGAAUGGAAAAUGUGAUGUGUGUUUCAAAAUUUGGCUGAAACUCAUACUGCAUAUGAAACCUAUUUUCUCUAAUGAGAACAACAAUUAGAGUCUGGGGCUUAAAUUAUUUUUUUUAUUAAAUAUUAAACGUGGUGGAAGAUGAUAAGAAGUGAUUCAUGCUUGGCUAUUCAAAAAAGCAAUGCCGCUUGUCAUUCUGAGAUUAAAACCAAUCUGUUUAGUGUAUGAGCGGAAGGAAUCUGACCAACUUCUUUUGUGAUACAGGAAUCUGAGUUGGAUUCCAGCUGUCUUUGUGGUGUGCUUGCUUCUAGGCUGGUGGGCCAGAGCUGGGAAGUGUUCAUGAAUGUUUCUUAGCGAUCAGGGCUCCCUCUGCACGUUCAGUUUUUAAGUGAUCUGAAGUCUCAACUUGUGUUGCAUUUUCAUGGCAUUUUUUAAUGUCUUGCAUUAAAGUAGUUCGUAGUUUAAAAAUCCAUUUUAUGUAUGUCUUAGUGUGCAAAUGGAUUAUUUUGGUCACAGUUUUCAUAAGCUGAAAGUUGCUCUCUAGCUGAGAUGAACUCGAUUAAUUUUGGUGUUUAGCACUGUCAGAUGUUGAGAGAGGCGUGCCAUCUUGCCUCUAAAAACGUUGAUGAUGCCAUGAAGUUGGAAAACAAAGGGCUAAUUGCACAGCUGGUGUGUGUUUCUCUGCCUCUUAAAAGUCGGUGGGAGUUUGGCUGCCGAUGCUGGCGGGAGCGGGUCGGAGCUCCUCGCCCAGCGCAGAGGACAGAGUCGGGCAUGGGCGGUGAGCUUUCUAGGACAGGGCCUUUCUGAUGAUGGGUGCUGCUACCGCCCAGGUUCUCUGGUUUAAAUGAAAUGGGGAGGCUGCAAGUGGGAUAGAGCAAUGUGGCCCAUGAUCUCUGGUCCAAGUUAAAAAUGUCAAAGCCAUGGAGAUAUUUAUUUUAGCUAGUGUGGUGAGGAAAAUGGCUUUUGGUCCCUUUGCAAUUUACAUUAAUAUAGACAAAGUCUUUUAAAGCUACACAUUCAAGGCUUUUCUUUCUGUGUAAAUGAGGUAACGUGGCAUCAAGAGCCUUACAUUCUCGGUGCAAGCUUAUUUCUGUAAGUGUUUAAAGCAAAAAGCUGGUGUGUUACUCAAUGGAAG